AUGCAACUCAAGCUCCUCGCCCUCCUCGGGGCCCUAGCCCCCAUCGCCAACGCGCAAAACAAGACCGUCAUCGCACAAAACAACACCCUCGUCUCGCAAAACAACACCAUCGUCAUCACCGACAACCUCGUCGACAUCAUCAACAACUUCCCCAGCUGCUCGCUGCCGUGCUUCUCCGACGCCAUCCACCUCAACAGAUGCCGCGUGAAGGAGUUAGAUUGCGUCUGCCACUGGGCGCUGGUCAUGUCCGACGAUUUGACGCCCUGCACGCGUAAACAGUGUAAAGGGUCUCAUAACGACGUCAGAGCUCGGCUGUGGGAUUUCUGCCAUAGAUGGGACGAGCAUCCCCCCGCCGCUGAGGUCGAGGCUGCCCAAAUCUUGAUGAGGAAACGAAUUGUGGAUCAGUAUGACUGGCUGGACCGUCCCACGGGCAGGGGUAGAAGCGGGGGUAGAACCGUAGCAGAGCCUGAUCUAACUGUGAUGGGCGCCGCGGUGGCGGCAGCAGUAGCGUUGAUGGGGUUUGGCAAGCUGCUCACACACAUUAGAUCGAGCUACGGCAUAUAUGGAUUAUGGUAUUGGGACUAG